GACACCACUGGUUUAGAGAGCUUUAAGGUUAAUGAUCGGAGCCCGAGAGGAUCAGUGAUCGGAGAUUCUAAGUUCUGUGGGCAGUAAUAGUUUGGGUACUGGAAUUGGUGAUUGUGGAAACUUUGGGGUUCAGUUGUGAGGGGGGUCAGUGGUGAUGAAUGUUUGGAGAAAUCUUUUGGGCCAUCGGUGAUUGAGACUUCAUAUCAUCGGUGGAGGAUCGGAGAGUAUUAACGAUUGGACUUCUGUAGAUCAGGGAAUGGAGAAUAGAGUCAAGUGUGCUUAUCUUAAAGGUUCUUUCUGGCAAAGGUAAUGACAUACGCAUCUGUGACAGCAUCCCAAGAGUGAGCCGGGUUUCUAGAAAUCCAUUCUGACUCCAUGACUGCAGGGAUGGAUGUGACCUUGCCCGUGGUUAGAAAACAAAUUUACUGAGAUCAAUCCAGGAUUACACGCUGCCUUUAGGUGACACAUCCCUUUAGUCUCCUUUAAUCAGGAGCAGUUUCUCAGUCUUCAUCUUCCAUGAAGUCGACAUUUUUGAAGAGUGUAGGUGUCAGAUCUUUUUCCAAGAACAGCAGAAAAUGAUCGAAUACCAGAUACCUGUGUCAUUCAAAGAUGUGGUUGUGGGCUUCACCCAAGAGGAGUGGCACCAGCUGAGUCCUGCUCAGAGGGCCCUGUACCGGGAUGUGAUGCUGGAAACCUAUAGCAACCUCGUCUCAGUGGGUUAUGAAGGCACCAAACCAGAUGUGAUCCUCAGGCUGGAGCAGGAAGAAGCACCAUGGAUUGGUGAGGCAGCAUGCCUGGGCUGCCACUGUUGGGAAGACAUCUGGCGAGUUAAUAUCCAGAGGAAAAGACGGCAAGACAUGCUUUUGAGGCAAGGCACAGCCAUAAGCAAGAAAACAUUGCCCAAGGAAAAAAGCCGUGAAUAUAAUAAGUUUGGGAAAAUAUCACUUCUGAGCACUGAUCUUUUUUCUUCAAUCCAGAGCCCUAAUAACUGGAACCCUUGUGGAAAGAAUUUGUACCAUAAUUUAGACUUGAUUGGUUUUAAGAGAAACUGUACAAAAAAGCAAGAUGAGUGUUAUGGUUAUGGGAAAUUGCUUCAGCGUAUAAACCAUGGUAGACGACCUAAUGGAGAAAAGCCCCGGGGUUGCAGUCACUGUGAGAAAGCUUUCACCCAGAACCCAGCACUUAUGUAUAAACCAGCAGUAAGUGAUUCUCUCGUGUACAAACGGAAGAGGGUUCCACCUACAGAAAAACCCCACGUCUGUAGUGACUGUGGGAAAGCCUUCUGCUACAAGUCUGAAUUCAUUAGGCAUCAGAGAAGUCACACUGGGGAGAAGCCUUAUGGCUGCACUGACUGUGGGAAAGCCUUUUCACAUAAGUCAACCCUCAUCAAACACCAGAGAAUUCACACUGGGGUAAGACCCUUUGAAUGUUUUUUUUGUGGGAAAGCCUUUACCCAGAAGUCACACCGCACAGAACAUCAGAGAACACACACAGGAGAGAGACCCUUUGUCUGCAGUGAAUGUGGGAAAUCGUUUGGUGAGAAGUCAUACCUCAAUGUACAUCGAAAAAUGCACACAGGAGAAAGACCCUAUCAUUGCAGAGAAUGUGGAAAAUCCUUCAGCCAGAAGUCAUGCCUCAAUAAACAUUGGAGAACUCACACAGGAGAGAAGCCCUAUGGGUGCAAUGAAUGUGGGAAAGCUUUCUACCAGAAGCCAAACCUCAGCAGACAUCAGAAAAUUCAUGCUCGGAAGAAUGCCUACAGGAAUGAAAACUUAAUAAUUGUGGGAAAUACUUGAGCAAAAUAUCUGGUUUCAUGGUAUGUAGGGAAUUCUUUUUUUUUUUUUUUUUUUUUUUGAGUUGGAAUCUCGCUUUGUCACCCAGGCUGGAGUGCAGUGGUGUGAUCUUGGCUCACUGCAAGCUCUGCCUCCCGGGUUCACGCCAUUCUCCUGCCUCAGCCUCCCGAGUAGCUGGGACUACAGGUGCCUGCCACCAUGCCCGGCUAAUUUUUUUUUUUUUGUAUUUUUAGUAGAGACGGGGUUUCACCGUGUUAGCCAGGAUGGUCUCAAUCUCCUGACCUUGUGAUCUGCCCACCUUGUCCUCCCAAAGUGCUGGGAUUACAGGCGUGAGCCACUGUGCCUGGCCAGUAUGCAGGGAAUUUAUCCUUAGGAGAAAUCUUAUCAUUUUAAUGAAUUUGAACAGUGUGUUUUUUAUUUUAUUUAUUUAUUUUUUUUGAGUUGGAUUCUCUGUUUCCCAGGCUGGAGUGCAAUGGCACUAUCUCGGCUCACUGUAAUCUCUGCCUCCCAGGUUCAAGCAAUUCUCCUGCCUCAGCCUCCCAAGUAGCUGGGAUUACAGGCACCUGCCACCACGCCUGGCUGAUUUUUGUAUUUUUAGUAGAGAUGAGGUUUCACCAUGUUGGUCAGGCUGGUCUCUUUGGCUAGGCUGGUCUCGAACUCCUGACCUCAUGAUCUGCCCCCCCUUGGCCUCCCAAAGUGUUGGGAUUACAGGCGUGAGCCAAUGCGCCCCACUGACAGUGUUUUAUCAUAAUGGAAAUCAUGAUCUAAUUGUGAUACAGACUUUUCUAGAAAAUACUUUAUAAAACAUAACCAUGGUCACCCUGGCAUGUAAACGUUUAAAAAUGUAUUAAAUGGAAUAACAGCAGAAUACAAAAUAUCUGUGAAGAGACUUAAAGGCAUACUCUGGUAUAUUCCACAGUGAGCCAUACAAUCAGCACUAUUUGUAUUUUGGAGUUGUAAAUGUGAAAUUAACAUAAAAUGUGAAUAUCAGACACAUGUCACACAACAUAGAGAAUGCCAUUCGGAAAACUUUUCCACUUUAAAUAUCAUCACUGUCUUUUGAUGUCUUAACAAUACAAAAAAAUAACAACAACGACAUGGCCCACUAUUGUUAAAGGAACUUUAUUAUACCAGCUACAUUUUUCCACCUUUUUGUAAUACAUGUAAAUGGCUAUAGAAGUUGUUAUUGCCCUCUGCAGAAAUAAUAAAGCAGUGUUUUUAAAUGUAUUUUGAUAAUUUGGCCAAAAAUUUUACUAAAAUGUAGUUAUUUAUAUUAAAAAUGCAAGCUAAGGAAUAGUUUAAGAACCUGAUAUUGGGUAAAUGAAACACUGUAAACUAUUUGACAAAAUGUAGUGUCACCCUGGUAUACAGUACACUGUUCAUAUUUUCUUAGUCUUGCUUAAAAUAUCUUGUAGCAAAUUAGUAGCAUAGAUACACUAUUCUAGAUACACUAUUCUAUAUACAGGUUGUAUAACUCAGAAAUGUUUCAUGCAUAGACCACUGAAGGAGAACUUCUUUUCUCUCUAUCCCUCUGCAAAUUAAUUCAAGAAUAUUCAUUUUUUUCAUAUAAAUUUCCUUGCAAGUGUCCUGGACACUAAAUCCCAAGGUUUUCAUUAUUUCAAUGUUUGGACAGAAGUCUGCUUCCCUGAGUUGCUAUGUCAUCCAUAUAAGAAAAGAAAUGGCCACGUGGAAUCUACGUUUUUCCGAGAUUUCCCUCCAUGUAAGACUGCCUGAUCCAGAAUGAGAAAGGAGACAUAACCACAGAUAUUGAUAUGAUUUUUUAAGUGAUAAAAAGAUACCUCAUACAACUCUAAUCAACAUAUUUUUUAAACAGAUGAGGCAGAUGCUUUUCUAAAAAACUUUAAGUUAUGAAAACUGCAAUAAGAAGUAGAAAACUUAGUAGAAUAAUUACCAUUGAAAAAGUCAAAAAAGCUAUUGAAGAUCUAUAAUGGGAAAAUGCUCCAGGCUCAGAAGAGUUCAUGCUUAGUUCUAUCUAUCUUUUAAGAAAGAGUAAUACCAGUGUUAUUUAUUAUAUGGAUAUAAUGCAAUCCAUAAACUGUACUCAUUUAUUUUAUUAAGUGAGAAUAAGUUUUAACACCAAAAUCAAUUACAGAUAGUUGAAAAAAAGAAAACUUCUGCUGGGCACAGUGGCUCACACCUGUAAUCCCAACACUUUGGGAGGCCGAGGCAGGUGGAUCAUGAGGUCAGGAGUUCGAGAUGGUGAAACCCCAUCUCUACUAAAAAUACAAAAAUUAGCCGGGUGUGGUGGUGCAUACCUGUAGUCCCAGCUACUUGGGAGGUUGAGGCAUGAGGCAGGAGAAUUGCUUGUACCCGGGAGGUAGAGGUUGCAGUGAGCCGAGAUCGUGCCAUCCAGCCUGGGUGACAAGAGCGAAACUCCGUCAAAAAAAAAAAAAAAAAAAAAAAAGAAAACUUCAGACCAGUCUUAGGAAUAUAGAAGCAAAAAUUAUAAUUAAAAUACUAGCAAAUAGAAUUCAGCCAUAUACCCAAAGAGUGACAUAGUAAGAGUCAUCCCAAGAAUGCCAAGCCAGUUCAGUAAUAGGAAAUACAUCAAUCAAAUUAACAGCUUAAAGGAGAAGAAUCAUAUGAACUCUCAACAGAUACUGAGAAGGCAUUUCAUAGAAUGUGUUAAUUUACAUUGUAAUAGAUGGUAACCACUUAAAGAGGUUUGUAUUAAAAAAAAUUUUUUUUAACCCAAACCCCAAAGCAUAUAUUAUGCCAAAGCCAUUUUUAAAAAUCAGGAAUUCAAUAUUGUCUUAGAGAUUCCAGUGAAGGCAAUAAAAAGAAAUGAAUUGUUAUAAACAGCAGAAAAGGUAAAACUAUCCGUUUUUACUGAUGAUGUGGUUGUACACCAAUCAACGAAAAGACUCUAUUUUUUGAGUUAACUUUUCUAAGAAGGCAGGGUACCAAAAUCAAGAGCUGUUCUCCAUACUGACAAGAAACACAUAAUUUAUAUGUACUUCUUUUGGAAUUACACUAAAUCUCAAUGUUUUUUUGACAAUCAUUGAGAAAAAAAUAUGAAAAAAUCAUACCAUGUAUCAAAACAUCACAUGUACCCAAUAAAUAUAUACAAUUAUAUAUCUAUAAUAAUUAAAAAAUUUUAAAAUGCCAUGCUAGAUACCAGAAGAUAACAUGAAGCCAUUCUAAUGAAAUUAAUAUUGUAUUGGCAAAGGAACAGGUAAAUACAUCCUUAGAACACAGUAGAAAAUUCAGAAAUAGACUUUGAUAUAUAUGAACUUUUUCAUAUGUGAAAAAGGUGGAAUCUCAAACCACAGGGGAAAAGAGUAGUUUACUUCAAAAGAAUUCUGGAACAAGAACCUUUUAAUCUUAAAGGAAGAAAAUUUGGAUUAACAGCACAAAAAUAAAUUCUGGGUAGAUUUAAGACGUAAAAUUUUAAAGCAGCAGAAUUCUUAAAAUCAAAGGAGCCUUUGUGUACAUUCUAGGAGUUGGGAGAUAUUAACUUUACCAACACAGGACACUCAGAAGCUAUUUAGAAAUAAGCAUUUGAAGGCUGGGCGCGGUGGCUCAUGCCUGUAAUCCCAACACUUUGGGAGGCCAAGGCAGGCGGAUCACCUGAGGUUAGGGGUUGAAGACUAGUCUGGUCAACAUGAUGAAACCCUGUCUCCACUAAAAAUACAAAAAUUAGCUGGGUGUGGUGGCGCAUGCUUGUAGUUCCAGCUACUUGGGAGGCUGAGGCAGGAGAAUCACUUGAACCUGGAAGGCAGGGGUUUUAGUGAGCUGAGAUUGUGCCACUGCACUUCAGCCUGGGCAACAGAGCAAGACUCCAUCUCAGAAAAAAAGAAAAGAAAAAAAAAAGGAAAUAAACAUUUGACUACGUAGAAUCUUUUGGUACAAUCUUUUGGGUGACAAAAGAUGCCAUCAGCAAACUCAAGAGAUAAUAGAUUGUGGGGAAAUAUUUGUAAAGCUGAUCAGAGAGAAGGCAUCCAUCAAAUGGACAGGAAAAAAACCCAAUAGCAAAAUGUGGCAAAGAAUAUGAGGUGACAAUUGUGAGAAGGGCAAAUCUAAGUGGCCGAUGGACCUGUCCAAAAAUGUUUAUCCUCAGUAGUCAUUGGGGGAUGCAGAUUUAAAGUUAAAAUCAAAUAACACUGUGUAACAGCAUUUUUAGCUAUCGGAACAAAAGAUGUUACACAGUGCUGGUGGAGAAAUAAAUUUUGAAAAACAGUGCAAAUUACUGUUUUGGAAAGAAAUCUGGUAGUAUUUAGGCUGGGUGCGGUGGCUCACACCUGUAAUCCUAGCACUUUGGGAGGCCGAGGCAGGCAAAUUGUCUGAGGUCGGGAGUUCGAGAACAGCCUGGCCAGCAUGGUGAAACCCCGUCUCUACUAAAAAUACAAAACUUAGCCGGGCAUGGUGGCAGGCACCUGUAAUCCCAGCUACUCGCGGGGCUGAGGCAGGAGAAUCACUUGAACCCGGGAGGCAGAGGUUGCAGUGAGCUGAGAUCGUGCCACUGCACUCCAACCUGGGCAACAGAGCAAAAAAAUUCCAUCUCGAAAAGAAAAGAAAUCUGUUAAUAUUAUUAAAAUACUUAUGUCACUUUGGAGAAUCUUCCCUUAGAAGUAAAAGGCCCAAUACAUAAAAGACAGAUGAACAUGUGAACAUGGACAUUUAUUGUAAAAUUGUUCUUAAUGGCAAAAAAAAACCCCAAAACCAAAGCAAACACUAGAAUCAAAGUAAAUACCCAUCAAUUGGGAAGUUGUAGAAAGGAAAAAACUAUAGUAUAUCCAUUCCAUAGAAUGUUAAUAUAGCCAUUAAGGUGGACAAAUUAAAACUAUGCUAGUGGACUUGAGUGGAAUUCCACAAUGUUCUCUUGAGUGGAAAAUGCAAGGUAGGUAUUAAGUGUGUUAAAUAGGACUCCAUUUUUGUAAAUCAUUAACAAAAUGUCUCCAGGUGUUUAUCAGCAAUAAGCGGUACCUAUGUAUGUUUAUUUGAUUUUAUGUGCAUGAAGAAAAGUAUAGAAGAGUAUGCAUUGACUUGGAGGGAGGUGGGUAAUGCAGGUAGGUUAUGGGGGAGUCAGGGGUGUAGGGAAAAGGAAAACCAAAAAAGAAAAAUAAAUGACUGAAUCACGUGUGAUACCACAAAUGUGUGAGUUAGUAAAUUUGGCAAGGGAUGGGGGAGCUGGAAUUUCGCUAAUUUGUGGGGAUGUUCAUGGUAUAUAUUGUUAAAAGGGAAAAUUUCAUAAUAAUGUAUAUCAUUCUAUUUUUUAAAAAAGUAAAAACUCCUGUGUGUGUAUAUAUGCAUGUGGAUGUUUAUAUGAACAUAGAAAAGUGUAGAAAAAUACACACGAAGGUGUUAACAUUCAUUGGUUACCUUGGUGGAGAAGGGUAAUAAGUUGUCUGAAUACCUUUGCAUUGUCUUGUUCACAUAUGUUGCUUUUGUAAUUUGAAAAACAAAAUAAAGGGGGAAAACAUUUCAAACUGAAUGAA